GUCAAUGUGGAGGAAUGUGCGGAAACUUCUUGUCCACUUUUCUUUCUGCAUUCGCGUUCGUCGAAGAAGGAAAACAAUAUUAACUUCUACAGCUGAAAAGAAGUGAAGACAAAGUGGAGUAAAGUGUGGAAGCGAAGAGCCGAGCCGAACCCAACAUGGCCGCUCAGACCGUGUUCUCCUUUCCUGUGGGCGUUCCUCUGGAGGACGCGCCCAGCGACGCGCUGCCCGCCCCUCAGCUGGUGAUGCUGGCCAACGUGGCGGCGACCGAGGGCGCCGCCGGUGACGGCAGCGCGGCGGACGAGAAGGAGAUGAUGGAGCUGAAGACGGUGGGAUGCAGCUACUCAGACAGCGAGGAGGAGGAGGAGGAGAACAUCAUCAGGUACAGCUACGACAACCAGAACUACCGAGAGGUGUGCAUCAUCGAGUACCCCGAGUCUCCCGGCCCCAACAUCGUCGCCGUCGUCGUGGGCAACGGCGCCGAUGACGGGGAAGAAAGCGAUGAAGACGAUGACGACGAUGAAGACAAAGCUGAGGACUUGUCUCGCCGCGCUCGGCCACGCCCUUCCUCUGACGUCACCAAAGCGCCCGAGCAGGAAGUCAAACGUAAACACGGCAACGUCGGCGCCGCCGUCGUCGCCACGGCCGCCGCCGCUGCUGUUGCCACGGAGACGGCCAAGAAGAAGAAGCCGUUCCACUGCAAGCCGUGUCACUUCCAGGCGCAGAGCGAGCGCGAGUUCGUGGAGCACCUCGGCACGCACGGCGUCAGCAAGAUGGCCGUGGUGAACCGCGUGGAGGGGCGGAGCCGGGCGCGGGCCAAUCAGGACGCGGCCCGGGGAACGCCAGGCGGCGGCGAGGCGGAGAACAGCGGUGGCGAGGAGGAGGAGGAGGGGGGGGCCAGCGGCGGGGGGGAUGUGAAGGGGCUGAUCAGGUGCGAGCGCUGCGGCUACAACACCAACAGAUACGACCAUUACAUCGCUCACCUGAAGCACCACAGCAAGGAGGGAGACGACCACAGGGUGUUUAAGUGUACCCUGUGUCCGUACACCACGGUGAGCCAGUACCACUGGAGGAAACACCUGAGGAAUCACUUCCCCAGCAAACUGCACACCUGCAGCCAGUGCUCCUACUUCUCCGACCGCAAGAGCAACUACGUGCAACACAUCCGCACACACACAGGUGUGCGUCCAUUCCAGUGUCCGUACUGCGACUACUCCAGCUCUCAGAAGACCCACCUGACCAGACACAUGAGGACACACUCUGGUGAGCGGCCUUUCAAGUGUGAGAGCUGUAACUACCUGGCAGCCAAUCAGCACGAGGUGACGCGCCACGCCCGGCAGGUGCACAACGGGCCCAAACCCCUGUCGUGUCCGUACUGCGAGUACAAGACGGCCGACCGCAGCAACUUCAAGAAGCACGUGGAGCUGCACCUGAACCCUCGCCAGUUCCUGUGUCCGCUCUGCAAGUACGCGGCCUCCAAGAAGUGCAACCUGCAGUACCACAUCAAGUCCCGGCACGCCGGCUGCAGCGUGGCGGCCGUGGACAUCUCCAAGGUCAGACUCCGGGUCAAGAAACCCGAGAGCUCCGACGGCGCCGAGGACACCUUCGCAGAGAGCAAGGCCGGCGAUUCCUCCGGUGGAGAGCGCUACGCGGAGGACUCUGACGCGGACGCCGUGGACGAAGACGACAGCUUGGACUCGAGUCCGAUCAACCUGUCGAUCAGAAAGAGCGGCCGGCUGAGCGGCGCCGAAACGGAGACGCGGAGCCAAGCGCCGGACAGAGCUCCGCGGAAAUCCACCGGCGAGAGAGAGACGCCUCAGAAAGUUAAAGUGGAACCGGAGAAGAAAGUCCCGACGAGGCAGAAGAAGACGGAGACGGGGAACGUAACCACGGAGAGGGUCAAGAGACGAGUCAAGAAAACGAGCCAAACCGCAACGGAAGAGUCGGAAAAGGAGCGACCGGAGAUGGAGAGAAGCCAGCGGAAGAGAUCGGAGGAGCAAAGGAACGCCGGUCAGAAAGAAGAGAAGAAGACGAAGCCCGAGAAGGAAGCGAAGAAGAACGACAGCAGCGGCAAGGAGAACAAAAGCCUCAACAAGCCGAGGAAGUCUGGGGACAAGAAGUCGGAGAAAACAGCCCAACGUAUCGGAGAAGCAAAACCAGACUCUCUGCAGAAACCAGACUCUCUGCAGAAACCAGACUCUCUGCAGAAACGCCCAAAGGAAAAAGCUGCGAAGCGGAAAGCGACAGAAGCUCUCGAUCUUUCCCAGAAGUCUUCGGCCGAGACUCCGCCGAAGGCCAAACGGCUGAAAGUUCUCGCUGAGAAAGACCCAAAGAAGAUUCAGGAUUCUUCUCCUUCUCUUUCUCCUUCUCCUUCUUCUUCUCCUUCUCCUUCUUCUUCUUCUCCUUCUUCUUCUCCUUCUCCUUCUUCUUCUCCGAGCCCGGCAAAGCCGAAGAAAACCCGUAGCGCCGGAAAGAAAGCUUCGGAGCCCCUAAAACAAACCGUGGAUCCCGUUACAGACGAGAAGGACGCGGCGCCACCGGGCAACAGAACGCCAACAAACAAACUCUCGGAGAAGAUGGAAGUUAAACUCUCGGAGAAGAUGGAAGUUAAACUCUCGGAGAAGAUGGAAGUUAAACUCUCGGAGAAGAUGGAAGUUUCCUCUGCCUGCAGCUCAGACGAGAAGACGUUGGGCGACAGAGACGCUCCAGCGCCAGACAAACGGACGUUAACCACGACGAGAACCAGUUCGGCGCUGAAGAAGAAGAUGAAGAAGGAGGCGGCGUCCACGGACGUAACGACUCAGACGACCAACAUGACCUCGGAGAAGAUGGAGGAUCCCUCCUGCAGCUCAGUUACAGAUGAGAAGACGUCGGGCAACAGCCGAUGUACAGACGCUCCGAAGAAACGGACCCUAACCACGACAGGAAACGGUUCAGCGCAGAAGAAGAAGAAGAUGAAGAAGAAGGAGGAGGCCGCGUCCACGGAUGUAACGACUCAGACGACCAACCUGAUCUCAGAGAAGAUGGAGGAUCCCUCCUGCAGCUCAGCCCGGCGGAGCAACAUGGAGGACGACGAGGGCGUCCACAGCAGCCAGGAAGCAGGAAGUGACAUCAGCGACAGCGCCUCCGAGGGCAGCGACGACUCCGGUCUCCACAGCAACGCCACCAACGGGGGGAAGGCGGCCAACGACCCCGAGACACCCACCCAGGAGAUCCCCACCCCCACCCAGCUCAAGAGCCUCCGCUGCAUCUUCUGUGACCGCACGUUCCUGCUGGAGGCCGAGUACCGGCGCCAUCUCAACCGCCACCUGGCCAACCUGUACUACAGUAAUACACAGUAGUACACACACACAACCUGUACUACAGUAGUAUA